AUGAAAUCAAUAUCAACAGAUGCAUCUCGAGUCCUGAUACGCCAGGCCGAGUCACCUCAGGACCUCGCCGCCGUCAUCAAGUGCUUCCACACGUACACCGAAUGGCUCGACGAAGAUCUCUCGCAUCAAAACUAUGCAUCGGAGCUAGCCGGACUGCCAGGAAAGUACGCGCCGCCAACAGGCUCCCUGUUGCUAGCUGUGGACUCCGAGUCGGGAGCCGCCUUGGGCUGCGUUGCCUUAAGACCGCUGGAGCUCCCCUUGAAUCAUCCAAAAGCCAGGCCGGGGCAUCGAUGCGCCGAAAUGAAGCGAUUGUUUGUGUAUCCUGAAGCUCGAGGGAGACAGGUGGCGCGAAGACUGCUCUUGGAGUUGCUGCGGCGAGCGAAAGAACAAGGGUAUAGAGAGGUGCUUUUGGACAGCCUGGCAAGGAUGGAGGCAGCCAUCAAUCUGUACAAGUCGGAGGGGUUUGUUGAGGCAGAGGCGUAUAAUAACAGCCCGUAUCAGGGCACUGUAUAUUUAGCGAAGGAGUUGUAUUAA